AUGCCGCGUAUUACACGAGCUGCUUUGAAGGCGCAAGCUCAAGACCAAGGUCAAGAUGAGCUUCAAGCGCAGCCACUCAUCCACGAGGAUUCUGACGCCGACGCGGAAGUCCCUGUCCUGCGACACCCCGAAACAUCCCUAAAUACGAACCAGGAUCCAGCUAGCCGGCCUGCCCUCAAAGACAUCACCCACGAGAAUCAGCCAACCUCCGAUGAUGUCUUCACCGAUGAGCCUAUUGUAUCUGUAAAGAAAACUAAGAGCAAGAGAAAGGGAACGCAAACAGAGAAUAACAUCGAGCAAACUGCUCAGGAGGCUCAAGAGACUCAAACCGCCCCCAUCCCAGGGGAAUCACAACAGACUCCCCAAUCCACCAUUCCUUCCUUCAAAGAUGGCAACGACACCACCCACGAAGGGGUAAAUGGACAAGAGAGCAUUCCAGAGCAAUCUUACUGCGAACCAUUUAAUACACCAUCUCAGGUAGUCCAAUCUCCUGAACAGGAAACUUCCUCAACCCGGCAACCCUCCAACACUGCAUCUAAGACACCAAAGUUCAACCCUGUUGUUCAUGUGCCUGAACCUCUUGCCACUGUAGCAAUUAUAGACACUGUCGAAGAUUCUUUUAUCGAUAAGAUCAAAACUCGAUCGCCGUCCAAAAUGCAGUCGUACUCUGAGGGCCACCAUUCUCCUGUCUCGUUGGCUGAGCAAAGCACAUCACAGACUCCACGCAUCGAAGACUCGGUUGAAGCGAUUGAUGCACUGGAAGACGCAAUCGAGAGGAUCUCACAGGGACUUCCUAGAGUCGAUGGCCUCAACAUCAAUUCCCCUGCGAAGUCGACCAAGAAGCCCCCUUCACCAGUGACUCUCGAGCCUCGUUCUAGGGCACCCAACACAUUGAAGAAAGCGGAACGAACCUUGGCAAAGAACACAGGACCAUCCCCUCCAAAAGCUGUCAAUCGCCCUAGACCGACAAGUCUCAAUGUAUCUACCUCUAAGACAACAAAUAAGCCUGCUGUGGUGGUGAAGCAACACAAAAAGCUAGUUGUUGAUGGCUCAAAACCAAAAGAAGCCGCUGUGCCCCAGCCCCCUUCGCUCUCAUUUUCCAGUUCACCAGCGAAAGCUCUACCUAACAUGACCAAGAAGCGAGUACCUAGCACGUCUCUUUCUACAAGCAAACCAGGUUUCGUUCCAGCAAAGUCAUCCAAGGCUCCCACUAAAUCUACAUUCUCUCUUCCAGGGGAAGUGAUCUCUGCGAAGCUGAAGGUUCAGCGAGAGGAGCGGUUGAAAAAAGAAGAGGAGGCUGAGAGAGCCAAAAAGAACUUCAAGGCACGCCCUGUGCCCUCCAAAAUAGCCGAUCCAAGUGUAAAACCCCGAGACAACAAAGCUAGCCAAGGGAGAUUGAGUAUUUAUGCUGGAGGAUUGAACAAGGAGAAUAUUGAACCACCGAAGGUCAUUGUACGGAGGUCACGCCCAAUGUCGAUGAUCGAGAAGCCAAGGACCGAUCCAACCAGAGCCAAUUCGGGCGUCCGACGGACCACCAGCGUUGCCGCGAGGCCCAGCACUUCGAAAGUCAGAGAGUCAUCGAUCCAAUUAUCGUCCGGGCAGAAGUCGAGUGUAUCAAAGGGUGAGGUGAUCCAGCAGAGGGCAACGGGCAAAGAAGUGUUCGGACGUAACAAAGCAGAGAUCGAGAGAUUGGAAAAUGAGAGAAAGGAGAAAGAAGAAGCGGCACGGAAGGCGAGAGCUGAUGCUGCUGAACGAGGACGACAGGCCAGUCGCGAAUGGGCAGAGAAACAAAAGAAGAAGUUGGCCGUACAGGCUGCUUCAAAGCAGGCUGCAGAGAAAUCGGGUCGAGGCCCGUCUACUGCUGUUUCCGCCGCUUCUUGA